CCCCCAGACCCAAGUCUUGAAGAAGGGUUUUUAAUGCCUUUAGGAUGUCUCGCCGAAAACAAGCGAAGCCAAGAUCGCUGAAAGUAGAAGAAAAUGAGGCUGAAGACUUGCAUCCGACUGUGGGCCAGGCGAGCGUUCAGAGUGAUGGUGUUGACGGGGAGGAUGACCCCUCCUGCUCAUGGCCCCCCUCAUCUCCCUCCAGCAAGGACCACGCUUCGCCCAAUCACGGGGACGCUUGCGACUUUGGCGAAGAGGAAGGGGGCCCGGGGCUGCCUUACCCCUGCCAGUUCUGCGAGAAGUCCUUCAGCCGCCUCAGCUACCUGAAGCACCACGAGCAGAGCCACAGCGACAAGCUGCCCUUCAAGUGCACCUUCUGCAGCCGCCUCUUCAAACACAAGCGCAGCCGGGACCGUCACAUCAAGCUCCACACCGGCGACAAGAAGUACCACUGCAGCGAGUGCGACGCUGCGUUCUCGCGCAGCGACCACCUGAAGAUCCACCUGAAGACCCACACCUCCACCAAGCCGUACAAGUGUGCCAUCUGCCGGCGCGGCUUCCUGACCUCCAGCUCGCUGCACGGACACAUGCAGGUGCACGAGAAGAACAAGGACGGCCCCCAGUCGCUGUCCCGGCUGGAGGAGUGGAAGCUGAGGGACGCCCAGAAGUGCAGCCAGUGCGAGGAGGGCUUCGACCUGCCCGAGGACCUCCAGAAGCACAUCGCCGAGUGCCACCCGGAGAGCUCGCCCUCCGAAGACCGGGCCGCCUUCCAGUGCAUCUACUGCUCCGACCUCUUCGCCGAGGAGAGCGUCCUGCUGGCCCACGUCGAGCAGAUGCACGCCCGGGAGAAGGGCAAUUGCUGCAGCAUCUGCUCGGAGCGCUUCCUCUCCGUGGAGGAGCUGUACGCCCACAUGGACAGCCACCACCAGCAGCCGGAGCCCAGUAACCAUAGCAACAGCCCCUCCAUGGUGACCGUCGGCUACACGUCCGUGUCCAGCACCACGCCGGAUUCCAACCUCUCGGUGGACAGCUCGAACAUGCUGGACAUCGCCUCCCACCAGUUGAAGCCCCGGGGCAAGAAGCGGGUGGCCCAGACAGUGCCCGAUGGGGUGGCGCCCGCCCUCAAACAGGCCAAGGUGACCUACAGCUGUAUCUACUGCAGCAAGCAGGUCUUUAACAGCCUGGCCGUGCUGCAGAUCCACCUGAAGACGAUGCACCUGGACAAACCGGAGCAGGCCCACACCUGCCAGUUCUGCCUGGAGGUCCUGCCCUCCCUCUACAACCUCAACGAGCAUCUCCGGCAGGUCCACGACAGCCAGCAGGACUCGCCCCCCCUCCUCGUCUCGGCCCUGCCCUCCCUGGUCUACCAGUGCAACUUCUGCUCCGAGGCGCUGAACGACCUGAAUGGGCUCCAGGAGCACAUCCGGUGCUCCCACAGCUUCAGCAGCGUGGUGACGAAGGACAGCAACGCCUUCUUCUGCCCCCACUGCCUGAUGGGCUUCCUCACCGAGGCCUCGCUGGAUGAGCACAUCCAGCAGAUCCACGCGGACGCCAGCAGCAUCCGCUUUGACUCCCCUCUGCUGGGCGUGUCCAAGGACCCUGUGAUGGAGGUGUACUCCUGCUCCUACUGCACCAACUCCCCCAUAUUCAACAACGUCCUGAAGCUCAACAAGCACAUCAAGGAGAACCACAAGAACAUCCCCCUGGCGCUCAGCUACAACAACGGCAGCAAGAAGUCUAGCCGGGCCACCAGCCCGCUCUCCCCGCUGAGCGUGGAGCAGAGCUCAGUCAAGGCGGUGCAUGGUGGGAGCACGGGACCCUCGCACGCGGCCAGCGAGUAUUGCUGCAACCAGUGCACUGCCAAAUUUGCUGCCUUUGACAGUUUCCAGGCCCACCUGAAGACCCACCUGGGCACCCUGAUAAAGAAGCUGGCCUGCCCACAGUGCAGCAAGGAGUUCCCAUCGCAGGAGUCCUUGCUGAAACACGUGACCGUUCACUUCAUGAUCACCUCCACCUACUACAUCUGCGAGAGCUGCGACAAACAGUUCACCACCGUGGACGACCUGCAGAAGCAUCUGCUGGAGAUGCACACCUUUGUCUUCUUCCGUUGUACCCUGUGCCAGGAGGUCUUCGACUCCAAGGUGUCCAUCCAGCUCCACCUGGCCGUCAAGCACAGCAACGAGAAGAAGCUCUUCCGCUGCACCUCCUGUAACUGGGACUUUCGGAACGAGGGGGACCUCCAGGUCCACGUCAAGCACAAUCACCUCGACCACCAGGGCAAGAUGCACAAGUGCAUUUUCUGCGGCGAGAUCUUUGGCACGGAGGUGGAGCUGCAGUGCCACAUCACCACCCACAGCAAGAAGUACAACUGCAAGUUCUGCAGCAAAGCCUUCCACGCCAUCAUCCUCCUGGAGAAGCACCUGAGGGAGAAGCAUUGCGUCUUUGAGGCCAAGGCUCAGAACUGCGGCUCCAACGGCUCAACAGAGCAGGUCCACAAGGAGGAGGCAGAGCUGCAGAACAUUCUAGCCAACCACCAGGAAUCCCACAACAGCCACGACGGCAGCGAGGAAGACGUGGACACCUCCGAGACCAUGUACGCCUGCGACAUCUGCGGAGCUGCCUACACGAUGGACUCGCUCCUCCAGAACCACCAGCUGCGUGACCACAACAUCCGCCCGGGGGAGAGCGCCAUCGUCAAGAAGAAAGCCGAGCUGAUCAAAGGGAACUACAAGUGCAACGUCUGUUCCAGAACCUUCUUCUCUGAAAGCGGCUUGCGCGAGCACACCCAGACCCACCUGGGGCCGGUAAAGCACUACAUGUGCCCAAUCUGCGGCGAGCGAUUCCCCUCUCUCCUCACCCUCACUGAGCACAAAGUUACUCACAGCAAAAGCCUCGACACUGGGACGUGCCGGAUCUGUAAGAUGCCCCUUAAGUGCGAGGAGGAGUUCCUGGAACACUGUCAGAUGCACCCCGACCUCCGCAACUCCCUGACUGGCUUCCGCUGUGUGGUCUGCAUGCAGACGGUCACCUCCACCUUGGAGCUGAAGAUCCAUGGGACCUUCCACAUGCAAAAGACAGGCACUGCUUCCAGCGUGCAGCAAGCCACACGCAACCCGCCGCUUCAGAAACUCUACAAGUGCGCGUCGUGCCUGAAGGAGUUCCGCUCUAAGCAGGACUUGGUGAAACUGGACAUCAACGGGCUGCCUUACGGACUCUGUGCCGGCUGCGUCAACGGCAACAAGCACCUCAGCCCGACGGUUAGCGUCAACCUGAACGGCAACCGGCAGCUCUCCGAGCAGAGCCACGCCGAGGGCAAGGGCAAGGGCGGGGGGGUGAAAACCCGCUGCCUGAACUGCAACGUGAAGUUUGAGUCGGAGAGCGAGCUCCAGAACCACAUUCAGACUGUCCACGUCAACCUGCCUCCUGACAGCAACAACCACCUGAAAACUCCCCAGGUCUCCCCCAUGCCCAAAGUCAGCCCGCCACAACCAGAGGAGAAGAGGACAUACCAGUGCAUCAAAUGUCAGAUGAUCUUUCAGUGUGAAUGGGACAUCCAGGUUCAUGUGGCCAACCAUAUGAUAGGAGGGGACAGGCCAGGAUUGGUGCUACAGCGUGGUAUGGAAGGGGAUUCUCGCAGUCCGAGACCAUAUAAAGAGGAAGGUCUCAACCAUGAAUGCAAGCUUUGCAGCCAGACAUUUGACUCACCGGCUAAACUGCAGUGUCAUCUAAUCGAGCACAGUUUCGAAGGCAUGGGAGGCACCUUUAAAUGUCCUGUUUGCUUCACAGUGUUUGUUCAAGCAAGCAAGUUGCAGCAUCAUAUUUUUUCUGCCCAUGGGCAGGAGGACAAGAUCUAUGACUGCUCACAGUGCCCACAGAAGUUUUUCUUCCAAACAGAAUUGCAGAACCAUACAAUGACACAACACAGCAGUUAAUGAUAUGAUACGGUGCCAGACAGCUUGCUUUGGGAAGGCUACAGAACUCGAAGUAUAUGACCUCCUCACUCUUUGCACGAGAAUGUUUUCAAAGAUGGACAUUUUGGAGAGAUUAAAAAAAAAAGCAUUGUAUUAUAAUAUAAAAAACACAAAACUUGCAUUGGUCAAAAUAUUGAUUUCUUUUCAUGUUGUUUGACCUUUUAAGCCAACAUACAGAGUUUCUGUGUAUACUAUAUAUUUAUAGUAUAUAAAAAGUGUUACACGUGUUAUGUUACUGAUCCCUUCUACCAGUCCAAAGCUGGUUUUCCCUCCCUUUCCCCACCCCACCUCACCCCACCCUUCAACAAACAUGGACUGUAUUUGUGGGAAUUGCCAUAAUACUGAUAGCAUUACCAUUCAUGUGAUAGAUGUAAUGUAUAGCAAUCAUCAGCCGUUCGUUCUAGAAAGCAUUGGAAAGCUUCUUGCCUUUAAACUUUCUUUAACAAAAUUUCUGUACAAUCAACUUUCCAGUCAAUUAAACCCUGCUUAUCCAUAACUGUUAUUAGUGUUUAUUCUGCUGUCUGAACCUGGAUUUUGCUGGAAUUACUGUGUUUAUAUUAAGAAAUAAACCCAUGUAUCAAUGA